AUGGGAUUUGUUGACGUGAUUAGGCGAGCUACAGAGGCUCUAGAGAAAGAUAUCAGUGGUAGUAGUGGGGAUGCGGUAGCGGCGGUAGCAGAAGCGGCAGAAGCGGCUUCAGGUUCCGGUUCAGAAGGUUACUUUUCGAAGAUUGAUCAGUUUUACAUUCCAGAAUGGCUUACGAUGCAGUUUAUCGCAAACAAUUUGAUCAGUUUCACCCCAUUAUUCUCUUACGGGACCACUGUGCUUGCGAUUCAAAAGUCACAGACGGCGCUGGGAUUUUCGCUAGAUAUUUGUGCGACAAUGCUGAUUGCAAGCAUUCUUAGAGUGUCGUACUACCUAAUUACGCCAUACGAGCUAGCGCUUCUUAGACAAUCGAUCGUAAUGAUCUUGAUUCAGCUACUGUUGCUCAAGACUGCAUUGCGGUAUCGUCCAGACGACUAUAAGUAUGAUAAUUUAGAGCCGGUAGAGACGCUAUACGAGCUCAUCCAGGACGUGUGGGUACAGUAUUUCCCAUCCAAUCCGUUCGACGACGUGUAUAACGAGGACUGGAGGCCGCUAUUGCGGUCGCUCUCGUGGAAAAACCUGCUUGGUUUCACAUACAAGAUCUUUCUCGUGUUUCUUUACAAGUUUUUGAAGUUCUUUGACCCAAGUUUCAAGCGGUUCAAGGGCUUUUGGCAAUGGAACGAUGAUAAACAGUACUGGAAAUUCCUUGCUGUGUUUGGAUGCUGUCAGUUCUUCAUUACGCUCCUGAUCUCCAAGGUGUUCAACUGGGAGGCAUUCUCACAAUGGGUAGGAUCCCUCAUUGGCUCUUUGGGGCUAUUUAUAGAAUCGUUGCUUCCUCUACCGCAAAUUUCCAUCUUUUACAAGCUAAAAUCUGUCCAGGGAUUCAAACUCAUCAUCUUGGUUAGUUGGCUAUGUGGUGAUAUCUUGAAGAUUAGCUAUUUGGUCUUUGGUGCCAACAACAUCUCCAUCAUUUUCUUGUGUUUCGGACUUUUCCAAAUGUCAUUGGACAUAUACAUUGCAUGCCAGUACAUCUACUAUAAGUACUACUACCCCUACCUAAGGCACAGCGAUGAAGAUGUAGAAGCUCUAAGACUGCGUGAAGAAGUAGAGUUGAGAGACUUAUCGUCCUUGCAAAAGGAGAUGGUUGUGUAA